AUGUUUCUCAAGAAGCUGCUCACCUCGGCUGUCGCCUUGAGCGGCACCGCUUUUGCACAGAGCAAAGCUGGCGUUGAAGAUCUCGACAAGCCCCGCAGAGACCUCUUCGAAAAAGACCUCUCCAAGUGCCCUGGCUACAAAGCCACCAAGCACUGGGAGACUCGCUCUGGCUUCUACGCGGACCUUUCUCUUGCGGGGAAGGCCUGCGAUGUCUUUGGCGUUGAUUUGCCCAAGCUGAAGCUUGAGGUCGAGUACCAAACCGAAGACCGUCUGCAUGUCAAGAUUUUGGACACCAACAACACCGUCUACCAAGUCCCCGACGACAUCUUUCCCCGUCCGGGCUAUGGUCAAUGGGCUUCUCCCAAGAACUCCAAGCUUCAAUUCAAGUUCAAGGCGGAUCCUUUCUCUUUCUCUGUCACUCGCAGAGACACCGGGGAGACCCUCUUCGACACCUCGGGCAGCAAGCUCGUUUUCGAGAGCCAGUAUGUCUACAUCAAGACCAAGCUCCCUGAGCGCCCUCACCUUUAUGGCCUCGGCGAGCACAGCGACCCCUUCAUGCUCAACUCGACCAACUACACCAGAACUAUCUACACUCGUGACUCCUACGGUACCCCCAAGGGCCAGAACCUCUACGGCGCUCACCCCAUUUACUUUGACCAUCGUGAGAAGGGCACCCACGGUGUCUUCCUUCUCAACUCCAAUGCCAUGGAUGUGUUUAUCGACAAGAAGAAGGGCAACCAGUUCCUCGAGUACAACGUCAUUGGCGGUGUUCUCGACUUCUACUUUGUUGCUGGACCUUCACCCCGAGAUGUCGCCAAGCAGUACGCCGAGAUUGUCAAGCUUCCUCUCAUGACACCUUACUGGGGUCUGGGUUUCCACCAGUGUAGAUACGGCUACCGUGAUGUCUAUGAGGUUGCUGCUGUUGUAGCCAACUAUUCAGCUGCUGGUAUUCCACUUGAGACAAUGUGGACUGAUAUUGACUACAUGGACCGUCGCCGUAUCUUCACUAUCGACCCCGAGAGAUUCCCCGCUGAUAAGUACAAGGAUCUCGUGGACACGAUCCACGCGCGGGAUCAGCACUACAUCGUCAUGGUCGACCCAGCUGUGUACGACAUGGAAUCUAACCCUGCUCUCGAUGCUGGUCGCGAGUACGACACUUUCAUGAAGGAGCCCAACGGCACAGACUACCGAGGUGUCGUGUGGGCUGGUCCUAGUGUGUUCCCUGACUGGUUCAACCCCAACUCUCAAAAGUACUGGAGUGAGCUGUUUGAGAACUUCUUCGAUGGAGAGAACGGUCCUGAUAUCGACGGUCUCUGGAUUGACAUGAACGAGCCCGCUAACUUCUUCAACCGCCCUUACCCCGGUAACAACACAACUCCUGAGAACUUCGCCAAGGUUGAUGGUGACCCACCCAAGGCCCCUCCUGUUCGAGAUGGUCCUCCUGCUCCUAUCCCCGGCUUCCCUGAGAGCUUGCAGCCUGCCUCUUCUCGCGGCUCAGACAAGCGCGAGGUCACUUCCGUCGCAAAGAUCACCAAGCGCUCUGUCGAGGUCCGCACCCACCGCCAACGUGGUGUUGGACAUUGGGCAACCCGUAAGCACUGGGGUCAGAACAAAUAUGGACGCCCCGGCUCUUCGUGGCAGAACGGCAAGAAGACUGGCUCCGGCUGUAGCUCUGAUGAGUGCAAGGGUCUCCCCAACCGAGACCUCAUUCAGCCUCCCUACAUGAUCCAGAACGGUGCUGGACCUACCCUGGCUGACGGUACAACUGAUACCGACCUUGUUCAGAGCGGUGAUUACCUCCAGUAUGACACGCACAACUUGUACGGUGCUCAGAUGUCUACACACUCUCAUAAUGCCAUGCGCGCCAGACGCCCUGAUAAGCGUGCUCUUGUCAUCACCCGAAGCACCUUCGCUGGCUCUGGCAAGGAUGUUUCUCACUGGCUUGGAGACAACCUCUCAAUCUGGGAUCAAUACCGCUUCAGUAUUGGACAGCUUCUGCAGUUUGCUUCUAUCUACCAGAUCCCUGUUGUUGGCGCCGACGUCUGUGGCUUCGGUGGCAAUGUCACCGAGACUCUUUGCGCAAGAUGGGCUACUCUUGGUAGCUUCUACACUUUCUUCCGCAACCACAACGAGAUCACAGCUUCUUCCCAGGAGUUCUACCGCUGGCCCAAGGUUGCCGAGGCAGCUCGCAACGGAAUCGCCAUCCGAUACCAGCUCCUUGAUUACAUCUACACCGCCAUCUACAAGCAGAACCAGACUGGUACCCCUACUCUCAACCCUCUGUUCUUCAACUACCCCAACGAUAAGAACACCUACUCCAUCGAUCUCCAGUUCUUCUACGGAGAUGGUAUCCUUGUCAGCCCCGUUACCAAGGAGAACAGCACCAAGCUCGAGUACUACCUGCCCGAUGAUAUCUUCUACGAGUGGUCCACUGGCAAGCCCGUCCGCGGACGUGCCCAGUACGAGUCUGCUGAAGUUGAACUCACCGACAUCAAGGUGCACUACAAGGGUGGCAUCGUCUACCCCCAGCGCAUCGAAAGUGCCAACACCACUACUGCGCUGCGCAAGAAGGGCUUCAACCUCGUCAUCGCCCCUGGCCUUGACGGCAAGGCUGAGGGUUCUCUGUACCUCGAUGAUGGUGAAUCUGUAGUUGUCGACACCGCAUCUGAGAUCGACUUCAAGUACAGCAAGGGCAAGCUGAGCAUGAGCGGUACCUUUGAAUAUGACGCUGGCGUUGGUAUUGAGACUAUCACCGUUCUUGGCGUCAACUCCAAGCCCAAGGGUACCGACCACGCCGAAUAUGAUGAGAAGAACAAGAAGCUGGUGUUUGCGGCCGAUAUUCCCUUGACCCGCAAGUGUCACGUGGACUUGUUCUAA